AUUACCACGGCUUUGUGCGAUCUUAAAUAAACAACAAAUAAGUUCGACUAAAACUAUAACUAAGUUCUGUAAUUGUGAACCGCGUCCAGAUGUAAACAAAAGCUUCGCGGACGCGGUGAACAUUUCGAUGUGAUGUUAAUUAACUCAUCAGUGCCGUCUAAUUAAUUUAGAAAGAUAAUAGACAAUAGACAGUAGAUAAAAAUAUAAAAAAGGUGAUUUGAAAUCUGUCAUAAUGCUGCACAGCGCAUUGCCACGUUCAUUUUUGCCGCCACCUGGACUGUGUUAUCUCGGGGGAUAUUACGGAGAAGCAGUGCACCCAUACAGCCCGGUCUCGCGAUUUGCAUCUCUGGAGAACGCUUAUCUGUCAGACCAUCAUGCUCUGGCAGCUGUGGAGCCGUCGAGACCGAGUCUACCUGCGAGUCCCAGUCCACUGGAUCUGUCUUUGAAGCCACCGGCGCCUCCGCAAACUCCAGCUACCGAUGACAGUGAAACUAUCGAAGUAGAUGACAUCGAAGAUCGUCCUGAUUAUCCAGAAGACAAUGGGUAUGAUCGUGAAAAGAGAUACCAUCAUGAUUGGGACAGUAGAUUCGGUAUUGAAGAGCAGCGCAGUCCAGUGGCACGUGCUUACCAUUUCUACGACGAAUUGCGUGCACGGCCAAGUAGUCAAGAUCCGGUGUACAGUGAUAUCUAUCAGAGUCCAAGUUCAAGUCCUAGUCCCAGUCAGAAAUUGCUGCUUACGUCACCCAGUACCUUGAGAUCAAUGCAAAGUUACCAGCAGCAACUACUGCUGACUCCCCAGCAUCAUCUUCAGGGUGUCCAUGCACCCAUGACACCACCCAGCACACCAUCGCCACCUCAGUGUCCUCGUCGGCGGCCUCGUGAAGACGAAGACACUCCAGGAUCCAUGACCAGUAUCAACGUCACUCCAAAGUCAUCAUCUGCUGAUAAAAUAAGCCGCCCGAAGAAAAAACACGCGAGAAGACUAAAGUUUGAUGAAGACACCAGCAGUCCAGUAUCGGGGACAGUAAUUCUUGGUCCUGACGAGGCCGUAGUUACAGGUGACAUUGACCCGGCAUUUAAUGUCGUCGAAGUUACCGAAGAGGCACGUGCUGAGCUGGCUAAAAUUGAAAAUCGUCUUGGCCCGUAUCAGUGUAAACUGUGCCGUCAUUUACACGAGGACGCGUUCCAGCUGGCGCAGCACAGGUGCUCGAGAAUAGCACACGUCGAGUACCGGUGUCCCGAGUGCGACAAGAGGUUCUCUUGUCCAGCAAACUUGGCAUCCCAUCGCCGCUGGCACAAGCCGCGUCCACCUGCUGAUUCAGUGGCUAGUCAAGCUGCCUCUUCAGCUUCUGCUGCUAAUGUCUCUUCAGCUUCAAUGAUCCAGGAAAUUUGUUGCAACAAGUGUGACGCUAAAUUUACACGACAAACUGCACUGCGUAAACAUCUGGCUGCACAACAUCCAGAAGCAAACAACAAUAUUUUGAUUGUUAAUAAUAAUAUUAAUGUAGUAAUAGCAAUAGCAGCAGUAGUAGCAAUGAAAAUAUUUGUAUGGAAACUGGAAGCACGUUGGCGUCGAAAUCACUGGCUGCAAUGCAACUUGCCAGCGGGCCUCUUACCAAUGAGAUGCCAUGACACCAGCAGUUUCCCGCGAGACCACUACCCCGACGACCGAGUCUUUACUGGAGAUUUGGGCUUGAUCUCAUGUGAAUUAAACGCUUCUUCGCUACAAGAUUACGGCUUUCAAUUUGCGUGAGUGCGCAAUCAAAAUAUUAUCAUCAACUUGGGCUUUACUAUUUUUUUUAUUAUUCUAGUCUCGUAGUUUAUAAACUAGUCAGCUAU